CGCACCAAGGGGAGCUACUCUCAUAGGCCGCAUGGCUGACGAAAGACCUGAAGAAGAUAAUUUCGAAUAUUUAUCUUAUAUUUAGGGUUCUUAUAAAUAAAUUAGUGCUCGUAUUGUGAGAAUUCAAGAUUUCCACAGCCUUACAAAAAUGACAACAGAGGCGAGAGACAGUGAUGAAGUUCUGAAGGACUUUAAUGAGAUUACUAGUACCGACCCUGAGAUUUCUGCAGCAGUGGCAGCCAUCUUGACUCUGCUUAAAUUCCUAGAAAGAAAUAAGAUGGAGACAAUAUCUGAGCUUCGAGACCGCCUACGACUGGCAAUGGAUAAGCUGACCCAAACAGAUUCUAGCACAACGUCCAUACGUUCAGGGUGUGAGCUUUUCCUGCGUUUCAUCACACUAACCAACAUUCAGCAACCGAAUUUUGAAGAGUGUCAGAAGAUCUUGAUUGAUCGCGGUAACCUUUUUGUCAAGAAGAUGGCUGGGUCACGCGCAAAAAUUGGCAAAAUUGCAAGUCCUUUCAUUGCUGAAGGAGCUACGAUCUUGACUCACAGCUAUUCACGUGUUGUCAUGGAAGUCUUGAAGGAGGCAGCUGCUGCUCAGAUUCAUUUUAAAGUCUUUGUCACAGAAUCUUGUCCAAACAGAGCAGGUGAGGAGACCUUUAGAGAGCUCAGAAAACAUGACAUCCCAGCCAUCCUCAUCCUUGAUGCGUCUGUUGGGUACAUCAUGGAGCAGGUUGACAUGGUACUGGUGGGUGCAGAGGGUGUUGUGGAGAGUGGAGGUAUCAUCAACAAGAUUGGGACCUACACCAUGGCCUUAUCAGCACGGGCCAUGAACAAGCCAUUUUAUGUGGUGGCCGAGAGCUUCAAGUUUGUGCGCCAGUACCCGCUGAAUCAGCGCGAUGUGCCAGCUGCCUUCAAGUUCAAAGCCUCCACACUAAGGGGAGGUAGAGACCUUCAGGAUGAACAUCCUCUUGUGGACUACACACCUCCUUCCUACAUCACUCUUCUCUUCACAGACAUCGGUGUUCUCGCUCCGUCUGCAGUCAGCGAUGAGCUCAUCAAGCUAUAUUGCUAAUGUUGCCUCUACCAGGCUGGUUAUUUAGGAGGCUAGUGUGAAUGAAUGGGUGAGAUUGUGAACCAGCACAAGAAAUUGUAUGUCACAUAUGAACGAGCAGUGUGAAGCUGGCCUGAGGAUGUGGUAUGUGAACUUGAAUUGUGAAAGUUGAGGGGAUUAUUACAAUAAAAAAACUUUUUAAAUGACAUUUUGUUGGUGACUUUUAUUUUACUCACACACCAAUAACAGCACUUGCAUUUAUAUGCUACCCUGCAAGUCCUCAAAAUAUUGAUAUAUUUUUUGGUAUGUUAUCAAAUUUUGAGAGGCAGUGACAAGAAGGCACAGCCUGGUCUGCAGAAAAAAACAAUUUUUACAUUGUG